GAAAACCAAUGAUACAUGCAGACACCCCAGUUAUUGUCCCCAGCUGUGUGAUGUGAUGGGAAUCAGGAACUCCUCUGAUUUGCACACUUGAUCAAACAAAACGGGAUGCUAUCUGCUGAGAUCAAUAAGAGAAGCCUAACUGCAAACAAACACACGCCAGUCUAGACAACAGCAAACAGCCAAUGUCCAAAUUGGGGCUCUACAUAAAUCGGCUAAAGCAGACAAGUGAAAAUCAAAGUGGACAGGAGGAUUAGAUGGAAAUUGUUGAGGAACUGAGAGCAGAGAUGCUGUGAAGUUUUGGGCAAAGUGCAGAAUAAGUAACAGUCAAAACAAACAACAGCCAACAACCAAAACAUUUAGAUCAUUCAGGAGGAGUUAUGAGUAAGUAUUUAGAGUUUUUGCAUAUUUCAUACAAAAAUGUAUUAGUGAUUCUUGGUAGCAAUGAUGCGCGCGCACACACAAAAUGAGUGGCCUAAACCAGGCUAUCAAGGCUAUGCUUUCCAAAACCAAAGUCGCUCCUCGGUGGCCUUAUUUCAAUGGGAUUGUUUGUGAGAGCAAUGUAAUUUGCAGACAGGGCCGUGGGGCUUUAGUCUCAGCUGCAGUCGUGUUAACUGUCUCCAUUUCCGAAGUCUAAUAACGGAGGUUUUAUAAGAGCCUGCUCAGACCAGCUGGUCCCUGGUGCUGGACAAGGGCAGGAACUGGACUGCCCAGUCCAGGGAGACUUACCCUGGGGUGGGGAGAGUGGAGAAAGAGCCUGUCCCAACCUGUAGAGCAGCAGUUAGAUAUGUAAAUUAGUAGGAUUGUGUUAAUUUCCCCUCUGAUUGUGUGUGUGGUCUGAGGUGAAAUCCAAAGUUGUUAAAAGUCCAUGCAUGUGUUCAUACGUGUGCAUGUUAUAUGUAGACUUUGUACAUGUACUGUAUGUGAGCAUGCCACUGUGUUCAGUACUGUACAUGCUGGCUUGCAAACAGAACAAGUACAAAGUUCCCUCAAUCAUCCAUCCAUCUUUCUCUCAGUAAUGUUUUAUUCAACGUCCCGCUCUUGUAUUGUCUCUCUCUCUCUCUCACUCUCUCUCUCUCUCGCUGUUGCUCCCAUUUCUUCCCACUCCUCAUUAUUCUUUGAAUGCUACCUCAAAAUUGAAAGAGAGCAGGAGGGAAAGAGCAGCACAGCUCUCACGUGUGACCUCGCUGACCCAGUCCGCUUCAAAUCCAGGGUCCAAUUUUACAGGCAGACUAAACAAACAGCUCAGCCAUCACAGAAGGCAUUCAUAAUUAAUGCCACCUGAUACUUGACAAGUUUCUGAUGGAUUUAACAGGCUGGAGACGAAAUCCCUGGGACUCCCUGUAUGCUGGAGUCUCGACAAGUCUCCGUGUUUCGUCACUUGUUUCCACGUUUUAGCCAUGUUGGCCGCAUGCAGUUAAGGUUGGCAAUGUUUAUCAGUCUAUUGAGCAUAACCUGACCCUUAGUCUUGUUCCCCAAUCAGUGCCAUUCUUAGUGUUACAUCCAGGUAUUCUCAUAUACAAGGAUCACACACAAUUAACUGCAGGAUUAAACAGCUUCAGUGCCACCUAGAUCUGCUUUGUUCUGCUUAGUAACAAACCAUUAAUGUGAACAUGGCACACAUACAAAUCAGUUAACAUUUCUGUGGUGUUUGAAGCAAUAACACGUGUUUGCUUUUGCACGUUUGUGCAUGUCCACAUGUGAUAGUUCAGUUCAGUGAGGACCUGACAGUGUGAGGUCCCCAGACAAUGUGUAAUGAUGAUGUAAUGGAUUAAUAACACACAAACACAGACACUCUUAGAUGCACGCGCACGCACACACACACACUAAUGACCUGCAUAGACCUUUCCUACCUCUGACCUCAUACAAACAUAUCACUGCAGGAAGUAAUGAGGUCAGGUGGAUGUAUGACCACAAUACAUAACAACCAUAACCUGCCCUGGUUUGGUUCUGAGGAGUGACAUCACAUUAUACUUGCACAUCAGAAAUACUCUCACAUAUGUACAGUAUCUGUUGCCCUAUAUUGAAUCCAGCUGCAAACAUCAACCUACGCACAACACAAUCAUGCUUAUAUCAAAGCACCAGUAGAUUGCGUGUAAUCGAGUUUGUGUGACAAGGACCUAUGAUGAUGAUGUAUUAAGUACUGGAGAACAGACAGGCACUAACCCUGUGGGGGUCUUUCACAGCUACGCUAGCUACUCUUGAAGAAUCACCGUCCUCUGUCCCACAUUUCUCCAUGAUCAAUUCACGUCAGCAGGCCAUAUUUUAUUUAACACUUAAUCGUGGCGCUCCCCUCCCUGCCGCCCCCGCAGCUCAUUUGUUCACAUGUAGGAGAAAAGAAUCAAGAGCAUGUGAUUGCCCCUUUUCUCGCCUAUCCUCACUCCUUUCCACUUUUCUUUCACUUUCCUCCUUCUGAUCCAAGAAGCAUUAUGCAGAAACAGGUCAGCCAUUAUUGGACAGUCUUGUUAUUAAUUCCUCUUUUCAUAUCUGAUGGGUAGAGGAGGCUUGGGAUGCUAUAGCUGAAGCUCCAAGCAGGUUUUUAGACGCUCCUGAUCUUCCUUUGUAAUCCUUCGCUUUCCACAAACUCAGUGACUCUAGAGUUCUUUUCUUCCAUAAAAUACCCCGUCUUUUUUCUCUUUCUUUGUGUAAAACUCUUAAAGCUGGUCUGCCCUAAGGUCCUUGUCGCAGCCACGUGUGCCACCUUUGAGAUGAUAUAUAAUAUCUCACUCAGCGAGCAGAGUAAAGCAGAGCACAGUGUGGUUCUGUUUGCUCAGACCUGUGGAGUGGUGGCUUAGGGCCUGAUUGUGCUGAAGAGGCACAGGGAGAGCAGACACAGCUGACAGCGCUUUAAAUGGACAUGAUGUUUCAAUGUACUCAUGCCAUACCUCUUCUGAUGUCGGCUUUCUACGCAUACAGCAACUCCAGAAGCCCAAAGGAGUUUAUAAAUCAUUCAUAGUGAGAAUAAUGGGUAAUAUCCAUUCACAGUAUCUACUACAUGCUGUAAAAACCAUAAUACCCCUCAUGGUUUGAAAGUUUUUCCUGAAUCAUAUCUAUGAUGAUAAACAAAAUUUCCUAUACUAAGAAAGAAGAACACAUAAGAAUACAGAAAGAAGUUUUGGGGGAGAAAAACACUGUAGUAGGUUAGAAGAUUGAUGUGCAAAACUAGCAAUACAACAGUGUAAAAAUACUCCACUACAAGUAAAAGUCCUGUAUAGUCAAGUAAAUGUACACAAGCAAAAUGUAAUUAAAAUAUCAAUAGUAAAGCAGAACAAUGGUUCCUGUGAGGGUUUUUUUUUUAUCAAGAAAUAACAUAAUAUCAUAGUUGAAUUAUUAUUACCGUAAGUAUGAGCAGCAUUUUAAUGCUGUAGCCAAUAGACAAGCUAAAUUGAAUUACUUUAUAUACUGUUGGUGAUUUUUAGAGAAAGCUGAGCCAUUAAAAUAAUACUGAACGGGAUAAUUAAAUAAGCAAAAGGCCAUUUUGGCCUAUAUAGUUUCCAGACAUUGGUGCCUUUGACCUUUUCUUUUAAACAUUUAAGUAGAGAAAAUUCAUUUUUACUGCAUUAUGCAAUUUGUUAUGAUUAUGAUAUUAUUAACUAUAAAUUCAAUAUGAUUGUUCCUCAAGAUGACUCCUGACCAGAUAGAUUUGAAAGAAAAUAAAUUUAUAUAUAUGGAUUUGGAGCUCAGCCCAACGUGCAAGGAAGGCUUGUAUUAAGUCACAAGCAUAAAAUAGACCAUUGCUGUUCACAUUUUCUGAGAGCUCCAGUGUGAUCAUUCAACUAUGGGAGGUUAUUUUCAAGUUUUAAAUGGUGCAAUUUGGUUGAGGAUGGAAAGGCAUUGAUCUUUAAUGAAUUUUACAUUGCAUCUGGAUUGAGAGAUAAUGAAAUUAAAAAAUGAUGCAUUAACAGCACCACAGACGUUAGCUGCAGAACCAGUGCUGAGGAUGCAAGAGCAUGUUGUAGCGUAGGGACCAGGAGUACAGAGAGCUGUGGAACAACCGCUUUAUGGGCCGUUAUAAGCAUAUACACCACCUUAAAGACAGUUUGAAAAGAAACUAGAGAGUACCUGGUCUAAGGUGUGAGCUGUAGAAUAUGUGGGCCCUUUAACGGAUUGAAUGAGGUUAAGAGUCUUUAAGAUCUUAAAAAACACCCUGUCGUAUUUAGGUAUGACAAUAGAUAAAAGCUCACAAAACAAACUAAAUUAUUAAAUAGGUCCCACAACUGCCUGCUAGUAUUGUGUGUUGAUUCCCCAAACAGUUUUGGCUACAUUGCUCUUACCCUUCAUUAGGAUGGUGAAAGCGUUGUACUGUAGCUGAAAAUGUUUGGGGAAUAAAUGUAAUUAUUACAAAAAUAUUAUUUUACGGACUUCGACAUUGAUUGUUCGUGUGCUUACAAUGGUUUGCAACCAUCUGUGUGUUUUCUUCGAAUUAGCUGUUACAUUUUGUAGCUUAAAUGAAUUGAAAAACUGGCAUAUGAAUCUAUAAAGAAAAUCAUUGUCAGCUGCAGCCCUGCUGCUGCAGUGUCAAAGCAAGUGAUAAACCAGAGACUGGAGUGUGUCUCAAAAAGGAAUAAUUGUGCUUUUCUGUGUCUGCCUUGUGCUCAUUAGCACAUCUUAGCUUGAGAUUCAGACAGUUCACACUGCAUGGCAAAUGAGAUCCCCCACUGGAACCCAAUCCCCCACUCCCACACACACCUACCACACGUCUCCAAUCACAUGUAUUCAUACUGUAUGUGAGGUUCAUGAUAUGCAAAUAUUCUUGUUAAUUUGUGCUAGAAUUCGCAGGCUUGUGCAUUCAUUUGUUGAUAUAUGGUCAAGAGCAAUAGUGAAGUGAGUGAAUAAAGACACUAAAGAGACACACCGACAACAUGGCAAGGGCAAACACACUGUCCUUUUUCACAGUCAGCUUAACGCUCCAUUUAUAUUUUCUCAUCCGUCUUCUCAUCGGUUUUAUUGGUUCAGUGUUGUUAAACGGGAACAUGUUACCCCUGUUUCUCUCUCUGGGUGUCCCUCCACCUUCCCUCAGCCUCCCUCCUGCUGCCUCCAGUCUCCAUCUCUCUCCCUCACUUUCUGCUCUCUACAGUACCCUUCCGCUCCAUCUACCUUCCUUCUUUCCCUCCCUCUUUCCUCCUUCCCCCGCUGCGCUCUCGACUCGCUCUCAUUCCCCCUCGCUCACACACUCAGGCAGCAUCCUCCCCUCUCCACUUCUACCUUCACACUCACCUCUCCGCGCCUCCCUCUCUGCUCCUCUCGCCUCCUUCCUUUCCGCCACAUCCUAACACAUAUCACCUCUCAUAUCUCCCUGUCUGUUGUCUCCCUCUCCAUCCACACUCUCUCCUCCAUCUAUUCCCAUUCCUCCCUCCUUCUCACACACUCAACCUUGCUGUCUCGCGCAAACGCACGCGUGUACACACUCAUGCUGAUUGGCACCCAAGGACAGAGCACCCUAUCUCCCAAACCGGCUACCAGGCAGUUUGCUUGCGUGGCCAGGCUUCUUGACACUGAGCACAGCUGAGGAAGAGGACGAGGACGGGGGGCCAUGGAACACAGCCACAUCUUCCCUGUUUUUUCCCCAAAUGGGAGCACCUGGAGCCCAGGGCAGCACCCCUCUGAGGUUGCACAGGGAUGCCCUCUCGGACCACUGCCUGUCAUCUACUACAGCGUCCUGCUCUGUCUCGGCCUGCCAGCUAAUAUCCUGACAGUGGUCAUCCUGUCCCAGCUGGUGCUGCGUCGUCAGAAGUCCUCCUACAACUAUCUCCUGGCUCUGGCAGCCGCCGACAUCCUAGUCCUACUCCUGAUUGUUUUUGUCGACUUUAUAUUGGAGGAUUUUAUUUUGGCCACGCCGCUGCCUCCUUCAUUAAACAGUGCAGUCCAGGUCCUGGAGUUCUCCUCCAUUCACACUUCCAUCUGGAUCACCGUGCCGCUCACCAUUGACCGCUACAUCGCUGUUUGCCAUCCACUGCGCUACCACACAGUCUCCUACCCAGCGCGCACACGAAGGGUGAUAUUUGCCGUGUAUAUUGGGUGCUUACUCUCUGCAGCUCCUUAUUAUUGGUGGCCUGAGCUGUGGCACAGCCUGCCAGGAAUGGGCAGUGGAGGAGGAGGAGGAGGGGAGAGCAACAGGAGAACCGUAGCCCAGCAUGUCCUGGUGUGGGCCCACUGUGCCACUGUCUACCUCCUCCCAUGCACCGUCUUCUUCUCCCUUAAUGCUGUUAUCGUGCGCAAACUACGCAGGCGCCGCAGCUGUUUCCGUCUCCGCGGCUACUCCACCGGCAAGACCACCGCCAUUCUCCUGGCCAUCACCUCCAUUUUUGCAGUUUUGUGGGCACCUCGCACCCUCAUGAUACUCUACCACUUCUACUCCCCUCCUCCAGCCUCACAAGGCGCCGGCCGACUGCUCCACAUGCUCACUGAUCUGGCUAACAUGCUGGCGUUGCUCAACACUGGCGUCAACUUUUUCCUCUACUGUUUCAUCAGCAAGCGUUUCCGGGGCAUGGCGGCCAACGUGCUGCGAGCGCUGGUCCACUGCCGGAAGCAGCCACCACCGUUCUACGCCAGCCACAAUUUCUCCAUCACAAGCAGCCCCUGGAUCUCACCAGCCAACUCCCACUGCAUCAAGAUGUUGGUGUACCAGUAUGACAAAAAUGGGAAGCCCAUCUGUAUUUCCUCUUGAGUCCUCAGCCACCAGCAGCUGCCCCCACCCUCAGUCCUGGGGGAUCAUAUUUGGGCUUUGUCUCCGUGGCAACUAGCUUUGCCCGCAUGGGACUCUUUGAGGUUUUGAAAUGUCAACACGCCCGGAGAGCACAGAGGUGACAGUUUAGCUAGCUCUGAGCGAUAACAAAGUGAUAGGCUAGUAAAGUGGAAAAGCAAACAGCAGAUGCGUGCAGGCCUCUCAUGUUCAAUAAAGUAUUCACAAAGCAGCGACCAGCAUCAAAUAGAUGUUGAUUGUUUCCUCCAUGCAAAAAAAUAAAGCUACUGUAAGUGACUAAUUGCAGCUUGAGUGAGCGACCGAUGAAAAGGAUAUCACCGCCAUCCAUCACGACUUUUAUGGACCACCGUUUGUAACAGCGCUAGAGAAUAAACUGACCAUUAGAUGAAUCCUCGGUGAAGCAUCAAACGCCUUGGUUUCUUUAUGGACGCUCUCUGUUGUACACUGCCGCCAACGCUGAAGAGCUUUGAACAGCUGCAUCUUCGCUCCGUUGGCAGUCAUUUGCUCGAAGCAGAGAUCCAGUCAGAGUCUGGGCACUAAACAUCUCACCUCAAGGGGGGGAUUCACUCAGGCAGAGCCACUGACAACAUGUCCACUGCCCAUAGCUCUGACUGUCUCUCACGCAAUGUAAAACAGCACCGUCAUUUCCACUUUAAUAUGCAGAGGACUCUGAAAGGCAUGUUACAUGGGGCUUUUAUAAAAUGAACAGCCCUAGCUCACCCUGGCAGUGCAGGUCACCUAUAAGUCGGCGCUCGCUAUGGAAGACCAAGUUAUGCCACAUCCAAGCUCACAGGUUGUUGUAGGAUGAGUAGGUGCUCUGCUUGUUUGUCAAAUAUUUAUUAAUGGUAGACUUGACUGUUACUGUAGCCUCACAAAAGUACAAGACAAAAAAUAUGACUAGGGGUCAGUUAUGGCUCCAAGGUGUCAUUAAUCUAGUAAUCACAUUUCCAAUAUUAGGAAGAGGAAAUUUCUGCUAUUAGUAGAUAGUCCUCUAUUAACUAUUAAUGGUCCUUGAUGACUUACUGUUAGCCAUUAUCUGGAUGAAUAUAAUGAAUGUAAAUGAACAUCUCUUCAACCCUUUAGCUUUUUGCGAGACUGAGGAUGAGAGAGAGACAGAGAGGAAAGAAGAAUCUGCUCUGAUCCCGAUGGUUUGUUUCCCCCCGUCCAAGGUUUUCUGUCCCUGGUCUCAGGGCCACAGUGGCACAUUGCAGCUCUACUUGUUCUGCUGCUGCUGGUUGAUAGCAGUUCAGUAAAAUUUUACAACGAAACACAGUCACAUACAUCAACUCUGUCUCAGUGUAGCCCGAGUCCUGCCUAGUAACACACACACACCUUGAGCCUGUAUUGGCCACAGACAGAGCGCACAGAGAUCAGUGCACAUCCAUUCUGCAGACACCUUGGGGCAUUAGACGUAUUCAUCUAUCUAGCGAGAAUGGAGCUGAGCCAAAGGGCAGAUUCCUGCUAAUACCUGCCUGGAGGGAUCAGACACUUCAGGCCUUUUUUUUUUUUUUUAUGGAUAAGGAUUUAAAUCUGAUGAAUGUUAGGUGUGUUUGUCAUACCUGAUAAAGUCAUGCCCUCCAAACUCUCGUUCGACAGUCAAACAUCUGAGGUACUUUAGGGGGUGACUGCCUGUGUGUCAUACUUUUUCUCAUUGUAUUAGCUAUUUAAGCAAAAAUUGGCUGUGGCUGAAAAGCUGGCCAAGGGUUUCACAUUUUGGUCAUUUUUCACAUCAGGUAUAUUCACAUUUAACUUGCCAGCUUCACUGCUGAAUUAUGGGGACAUGGUGACUCGGCAAGAUACGGUUUAACAACAGAGAUGCCAAAAAACUACACAGAGGUUUAUAAUACUCACUCACAGGAUUUUACAACUUUAAAAUUAUCAUGGCAGCAACAAUUUUAUCUUUCAUCACAAGGAUUGCGAGGUGAACAGAAAAAAUAUGGCCUUGACGUUACAAAGUAAUUGACCCUUUUGCAUUUCAGCAAAAGUUGAUCUUGCAUUCAAAUUAAUGAGAGGGCUGCGUUGAUGCCUCAUAUCAGCCAAAGUCUUUUGUUCAAUGUAAUUAGACCCAAAUUUUAUGAAUAUAGACCCAUAUUGUUUUAUUUUUAACCGUCACAUGUCCAACUCAUAUAACUAUAACAUAUAACUGUCUUGAGAUGUCCUGUGAUGUGAACAUUCGCAAGAAGUAAACAUGAAACCCUUUCCCAGUGCUACUUUUCAUCCCAUAUGAUUUGAACAUUGCAAUAGUACAUAUUUUAAAGGUUAUAAAACAAUACAGUUAAACUAGUUAAUUAAGAAAUUCUCUUUCUACAAUUGUAGACUACCGUCCCCUCUCACAAACAGGUGAAGUUGAGACCAAAACCUCCAUUCUUUUCAUGUAGCAAUGGUCUGUAUACAUGUUGUAGACAUUCUCAGCAAUGUAAUUGGUGGGUGACUUAUAUCAAAUAGGAAUUUUGAUCAAAACUACUGAACCCAGGUUGUUAAUGUAAAAAUUGAAACAUGAAAUUUCCUUCAAAUUUCAGUCAGAGCUCAAAAACUGUUUUAUUGCAAGUACUGUAUUUGUACAAUUUCUAGCUGUUGGGUUAUGUGAUAGUCGUUCCAAUUUCUUUUCCAAUCAAACCAGAGUAAACCUAAUUCUGCAACUGCCAAACUUCCCAUUUUUCAGUUCAGUUGUGCGCCCAGGCCAUAACUGGCUCCUCCACUCUCAAUUCCCAUUUCUUUGUUCCUCACAAAUUGAUUUUCAAAACUGCUCAGUGAAGGAGGCAGUGCCAAUUGCCACCUGCUCCUCACCUUCUUCACUAUGGUAACCUCCCACUCAUCCCUCUUUUCCUCCCACUUUAUGUCAAAUCCACUUGCUCAAAGUUAAUUUCACAAGUGUCCUCUUUACUCAUUAACUGAUUACCUCAGAGUCGUUUGUGCUACAUGUGCAUACUGAGCAUAUUGCUCCAUCAUUUCUUAUCAGAAAAUUGAUCCAUGCUCCUGGGGAGCUUGAGCUGAAGCCGGUGGAUGUCGGGCCUUAUUUGAUGGAGAUGAACAGCCAAAGGGUUGAUAACCAGUAAUCACUCAGAAAGUUCCUUGACCCCCCCACCCCCCAAUCCAUCAAAGUCAUACUCAGCAGGACAUUACAUUUCAUUUAAUGUAAAGCCAUUAAAAUAUAUGCUUUAAUACUUAUCAAUAUUAUGUAAUGAUCAAAACUGAUCAUAAAAAAAGUAAGGUCACAAAGAGAAAAAACAAAAGGUUUUGGCUUCAGCCUGAGGUGCUCAUGCCAUAUCCAUGACAUUCAAUUCACGUGUUAACCCCAUCCAGUGUUUCGGCCAUGUUAAUGUGACAUUUGUGUGAAAGCCAGUGCCUCAUUCCCACGGCCUCCAGGGAAUGAGGCAGGCAUGCUGGGAAACCAAAGCAGAGGGAUGAGUCGGGGAGGUGGUGUCACAUGCAGGUGUCCCUUCGUUUCCCACGUGAGGCACUUGGAAGCAGGAGGGGAGGGUGUGUGUGAGGGGGGUUGUUGCCAAGAAAUCUUCCCAUUAUGAGAGAAAAAUGCCUAGGAUCCAUAUUUUCUUCAGUCAGAUAUUAAAAAGAUAACCAAACAUAAAUCAAUCAGAGGGGAAAAUUGUAUUUUCUCUCUCACACAUCCUGCUCUGCUCAGUUUCCUCUCUGUCUCUCUCUACCUGCUUAGCUCCAGUGUGUGUGAGUGAGUGUGUGUGUGUGUGUGUGUGCGUGUGUACAUAAAGCCUGUGUUAGACAGAAAGAAGCUUUAAAAAAGUGUUUGUGCAAUAGGACCUGUAAUGUAUGAAAUCAAAUAUGUAUUUAUACUCAAUCAUGAUGAAUAUAAUUACAUACAGCACAGUAUUAUAAUGAUAUAUCCAUGAAUGUACAACUGACGCUUCUGGCAUUUUCGUUGGUAUUUUUCUGAUUGUGAUUUUCUACACGAUGACCUUUUUUGAGCAGUCUUUUAACUCUCUCCAUGGCAGUGUUUCAAAACUGUGUUUUUUGAUCGUACUGGGGUGAUUAUAGGCUUGCAUAAUUCAGUUAUUUCCCUCCUAAUGAAUGUAUUGACUGUAAAAAGAGUAUGUAUUACUGUGCUGUGAGAAAGUAUGCAGAAAAGUAUUGGCCAAUAUCAAUAUUUUUGAUCAAAGAAAUAAAGAACAGUAAUGUCUAAUGACUGAGAUAGUG